AUGACCAAGGAGUUGGUACUAGAUAUAAGUGCAGGAUGUGGAGAAAGUGGAACAUGUAACUGUAAAGUACAUCCUGAUGGCAUUACUGCCACAAGGGAGGUAAAUAAACCAGUAGCAGGCUUCAUCAAACUUAUACAUAAAAGUAAUAUACCAUUUAAGCUAAACAAGGAUCUAGGUGGACUUAGCAUAAUAGAAGUAGGAGGAAAUAGAAAAGAUAGCUACAUACAGAAUGUGCAGAGUGUCUCAGUUUACUACUGGAAUGGUUCUCCAGAUACGCCGAUCCUUCUUGGUAUUACUAAGGGUAGUAGUAAACCUACAUUCUAUGGCAGAGCAAUAGGUUUUAAAACCUGGAUGAAUGGUCGAGUACAAAAUCUGGAUGAAACACAAGCCUUAGAUAAUCAAAACUGUCACAAUAAUGAUGCAGUUCCAUUUAAUAUACAAGACUCUACAUCUGGUGAUCUUCUCAAAGAAUCUAAAUCCAGCUGUCUCAACAAAUACAGAAAGAUAAAACUUGCACAAUCAUCCAAUCCUCCUGGAAGUGAGUAUGUUACUACAGCAUACAACAUUCCCAGUAACACAAAGAUAUCUAGAGUUACAUACAACGGUAAGCCCACUGAUAUCCCUCAUAUUAGUGACCCGGUCGAUGUAAUAACGCUAUACUCUUAUCCAGGUAGUGAUAGUGUGCCACUUAUGAUUGAAUUUCUAAAACAAGGUGGAGCAUCUAGAUGGUUUGAAAGCAAAGAUUCAGGUGGUACUAGUUGGACAGAAGUUGGUAGUGGUGGUAAUUUUUAUGGUACAGACAGCACUAUUCCAAAGUCCGCCCUUUCUGAAAAGCUUGACGAAGUGUUGUGCAAACAAUACGGUAAUGUUACCUUGGACCUAUCCUCUACUAGAUCCAAUAGACUGGAAAAGUACUGUUGUAAUGAGCACCAAAAAAAUGGUGGCAGGAUUGCUGUCACUAAAGGAGAGAUAAAAGUAAACGGUGUUAGUAAGACCGCUUCAUACUACAAACAUUCUCUUGCCCCUGGAACAUCAGUUGCCGGUGUCUAUUACAAGGAUAUUAGAGGUAACAGGAAGAAGAUAACACUUUCAGGAUCACCAUUUCCAAUAUCAGGCAUACAAAGUGUGUAUACGUUUUACUGUGGAGAGGAGAAACCAUCACUAAUUUACGUCGACAGUGACAGCGUUAUGACUAAGGGUUGGUACAAGGGUACUGAUGAGAACUGGAUAUGGACACACACAGGUUUAGAACCUAAAGAUUUCGAGAAUAAGGAACUUGACUGUAUGAAAUGGAUGAAGUUCAAAAUAAAGCUGGGAGAUUGUGGUUGUACUGGGUUGUCAGACUGUUCAAUAGCUUCUGGUAAAUCAUUAGAAAAACUAAAGGAAGAGCUCCAACAAGAAGAAAAGAGGGAACGGGAGAAACGAGAGAAGUUAAUAGCUGCAGAAAUUCGAAAAGUAAAACAAUCUGCUGCACAAGGAUUCUCUUCAAGUACUCUAAACUUUACUGAUUCUAGUGAUAAUUCUGGAAGUAAUGGUGAAGACAAUAGUGGAGGAUUUGGAUCUGUUAGUAUCACUUCUAGUCAACUCUCACCUAAAGGAUCAUCUGGCUCAUCUACUCCUGUUGUUAGUAAUAGUGGAGCUGGAGGAGUCACAGUACGGCUUGAUAGUAGACGUUCUUACCCUAUUAACCAUAGAGAAGGAAAAAUGAUAGAUGUUUCCCUUUACAAUAAUACUCUCAUAGCUGGGUAUUCUGCCUUUCAGCAUAAACGCAAAGGAAAGGAUUUUACUAUAAACAAGUUUACCGUUGGAAAUGAGGGACAGACAUUCCCAAAAGAAGCUAUACCUGUAAAAGAUGUUAAGAGUGUAAUAGUAUACUUUCUAUCUUGUUCGAAAUCUGACGAUCCUGCUACGAAUAUUCCACUUCUUGUAUACAUCGGUAGCAAUGACGGGAAGCGCCACCACUGGUAUAUAAUGAAAGAGAAAAACGGUAGGAAAUUGUAUGACAUUUCUUAUGUGUUAUGGAAUCGACCUCCACACAAAGCCAAGAACCUCCAGAUUACUCUACAAAACAUAGCGGAAUACCUGGGGAUUUCCUGCAAGAAAGAGUCAGUGCCCAUACCUCCAAACAAUGAUAAUGAAAUUAAAGAUCAAGGAACUAAUGGAAUACCAAACAACAAUAUCGUACAAUCAGGCGAGAUGAGCAACGCCAUCUCUCUGGGACUUCCACCUAAAAAACUUCCAAUACUUCAACUAAAAGCACAACAAGGAGGUGAUAACUUUUACAUAGUGGAGGAUCAAAAAACUGUUGAAAAUACUGUUAAAUCUGAAUAUGUUCCACUUCCAUCUGCUAAACCUGACAUUCGACAAAAUUCUGUCUCAUCUGACCUAGCUACUAAUAUUGCUCAAGGUGAAGCUACUCAACCUAUAUGUGAUGAAAGACAAGUCUCUUCCGCUACUUUAGGUACAGCUAGUACAUCUGAUGGAGAUGGUAAAGCUGAAGAAUCUGAUUCUCAAACUCCUCUUGAUACUACUCCUGCCGAACCUGGUAAAACUGAACGUUUUGCUAGUGUUCUUACUGGUGGUAUUCUCGCUGGUGCCGGAUACUUCUUUGCUGGAACUGCAGGAACAGGUGCAACAUUCUUUGGAGGAUGGAAACUGUAUAAUCGCUAUAAAGGAGAUCCUUGGGUUAGACAGAUUUAA